AUGAAAUUCUCAACCACCCUCCUCGUCGCAGCCACGACCUUGGCUGCCUAUGUCAACGCUGACAUGCUCCAGAUCAACAACCCAACAGCCGGAACGGUGUGGACGGCCGGCGUGUCAAACUUUGUCGGCUGGACCGGCAACUGCGCUUCGAUGGGCACAGCCGCCAAGAACGUCACCGUCAUCCUCAACACUGGUCCCUCGGAUGCCGUCCGAUACGUCGCUACCUUGGGCACACUUGACUGCUCUGGUUCCAGCACCCGUACCGAUCUCACCGUCCCAUUGUCGAUUUCCACGGGUACUUACUCGAUUGUUGUCCGGACUGAUCCUCAGUUGAGUUACACCAACAUGUUUACGAUCAACAACCCGUCCAGCCCUGCGACCGAGACUCCUCCUACCUCGCCUACGACCCCUGGUACUGGUGACGCGACCCCUGGUGAGGGUACGGGCGCUAGCGGUGGUGUUACUGUUGGUGGUGGUGCCUCGACGCCUGCUGCUGGUUCUGGUGCUAGCUCUAUCAAGAGCAGCGUUGUUGCUGGUUUGGGAGUUGCUGCCCUUGCUGCCGCCCAGAUCUUGCUGUAA